AUACAAAGGCUUGAGCUCUCACACUCCCCCAAGUACACUGCUCAACUGUGACAUUUCCUCAGUUCAUAACACUUGGGCAAAACCAAAACCAAAACCAGAAACAGAAGCAGAAGAUGAAGCUCUACUUUCCACUUCUUCUUCUCUGUUUUCUUCUUCUUGGCUCCUCUUUGAUGGAUCCAGCCAUGGCUCAAGCUAAAUCAAAAUAUUGCAGUGACAAGUGCUCAUCGAGGUGUGCAGUAGCAGGAGUUCAAGAUCGAUGCAUCAAGUAUUGUGGGAUAUGCUGCGAAGAGUGCAAGUGUGUUCCUUCUGGGACUUAUGGCAACAAGCAUGAGUGCCCUUGCUACAGAGACAAGAAGAACAAGAAGGGCAAGCCCAAGUGCCCUUGAACGCAACAUCAUCAACUAUUUCAGAGAGAGAGAGAGAGAGAGAGAGAUUUGGUUUGAGUGUGAGUGUGAGUGUUAAUUUGGUGGUGUUAGUGUUGUAGAAAGUCAGUUUAAAAAAUCUAUGGUGAGUGUUUUAGUGAGAGAGAGUUGUGGGCUCUGCUUAGCAAGAGUUGGGUGUUGAUCAUCCUUUGUGUCUUGAUGGAUCUAGCAGUGGUUUAUGUGUGAUCGUGAUGAUUAAUGUCCAAUGGCCGUUGGAUUUGCAUAAAAUGAAUAAUAUUAGUAGUUAUGCCUACUUUUAGUA